CAUGCGAGUACAUGCGAUGUCUGCGCAAGCGAUAUCAUAUACUCUGUUCGUCCUACGCAGAGCUCAAACAGGGUACUUACUCCUCGGCUCGGUUGCCAUGCUACCUCUCGUCCAUCCGAGAACCAUCCAGGAAGCAUGUAACUCAUCGAGAUGCACUCCGAUGGCGACGAAGGCGAAGAAGACAAGCGCUUGCGGCUCGGAGAUCGGACUAAUUCGAGGAAUCGUCGGUUAAGGCCGAGCAGCUGGUUGACACCCGACAG